AAUCGUUCGUGUCAAAACGGCUUGAUUUAGAGUCUGACUCAGAUUAAAAAUGGCGCCUACAAAAAAUGUACGCGAGUGAGCUCAUUGCCAAGAAAAAGUUACGCAUAGUAAAAAUGGAUUGGAGUAUGAAAAUAAUUUGUAUAAGUUUACUUACUCUCUGCGGAGUCGAUAUCGCAAAGACAGAAGCUGUCGAAAAUCGUGGUGAUGUGAACAAAAACAUUAUAAGUAAGGACUUGGAUCAUAACAGAACAGUUGCAUCAGUCGCAGAAGAAAACAGCACAGAAUGCGUCGGAGCAGCGGAAUACUGCAACCUGACGAAAGACGAAUACGUGGAGAUGUUAAACCAGUACAUAUACCCACAGCCGUACGAGUGGGUGCUUAUAGGGACUCAUUCUGUGGUAUUCCUGGUGGGGUUGGUGGGGAACACGCUGGUGUGCGUCGCCGUGUAUAGGAACUACUCCAUGAGGACGGUGACCAACUACUUCCUGGUGAACCUGGCGGUGGCGGAUAUCAUGGUGCUGCUGUUCUGUCUGCCCCCGACUGUGCUGUGGGAUGUCACCGAGACGUGGUUCCUGGGAGACGCUCUCUGCAAAAUUAUACUUUACUUUCAGUCGGUAUCAGUGACGGUGUCAGUGCUGACGCUGACCUUCAUCUCGGUGGACCGCUGGUACGCCAUCUGCUUCCCCCUCAAGUUCAAGUCCACGAUCACGCGCGCCAAGACCGCCAUCUUCGCCAUUUGGACAGUAUCACUACUGUUUAAUUCGCCGGAAAUAGUAGUUCUGACUACAGUGCAGUUGGUCCCGCUGCGGUUUAACCUGCAGUACCUGAUGCAGUGCGCUGCGACGUGGUCACCAACCAGCGAGCUGGUCUGGCAUAUCGUUAAAGCUGUCUUUCUCUACACGAUACCGCUCAUUUUAAUGACAGUGGCGUAUCAUCAAAUAGUGAGGGUUCUGUGGAGCGCGGAGAAAAUCCCCGGACAAGCCGAAACUAUGAAGCUCGCUUCCGCAGAACAAUGUCAAAUGCGAUCGCGGCGCAACGCUGCCAAGAUGUUAGUAGCCGUCGUCAUCAUGUUCGCCGUUUGCUUCUUCCCGGUGCACCUCCUGUCUAUUUUAAGGUACAUGAAAGACUUGGAGCAGAACGACGUGCUGUCGAUCAUGGGUCUGCUGUCGCAUGUGUUUUGCUACGCCAACUCCGCCAUCAACCCUCUCAUCUACAACUUCAUGAGCGGCAAAUAUCGUCGAGAGUUUCGUCGCGCGUUCUGCUGCGGAGUGAAUCUGACCGACGAGACCACGUCGACGAUGACUCGUCUGACCAAUUCCAAGAAGAAGUUCGACCCGGCCAUCAGUCAGCGGGCCCUUAUGCACUUCGACAACAGCCGGAGACAGUAUAGGACCGUCACCGAGACUAGAUACUCCACUAGAAACGGCUACCACAUUGCCUGACUGUAAUAUGACUAUAAGUAGUGUUAUUGUUC